GUGGAUGAUACAAUAGAUCCGAGGCUUUUACUAUUAGGGCUGAUAGAGUCGAUUCCUGAUGAAACAAGGGCAUAUGGCGACAACUGCAGCGGUAGUCCACCAAGCACACUCUUCCUUUCGCAAGCUUUGGAAGAAACUUCAGGUCAUGGUCUUACUGAACAGAUGUCACAACUAGCCGCCGAAUUGCGACAAUUUACUGUCUGCAAACCACACCUCCAUCACAUUCUUGAAAUUGCUUCGCUUGAUGAAUUCUUGACCAGCACCAAUUGCUUAGCACUUAUAGCUGCGUACUCACGAAGGCAGUACUAUCACCAGUGGCCCAUCAUCCAUUGGCCGACAUUCAACCCAGAGCAAGCAGCCUUGCCUUUACUAUUAGCCAUAAUGCUGACUGGGGAUACAUAUUCCUGUCGCCGAAAUGGAACCUCUGGCUAUGUCUCUCCCACGAGUGCGAUGCAGAAAAUAGCAGACAAGUAUAUCUUCAGUCACAUAAAGAAGUGCACUAGUUUGGGAGGCCCUGCAACCAAUCCCCACGAGGUCCUUGAGCUCUGCCAAGCUGCAUUUCUUAUGAACUGCCUCCAUAUCAAUAUGAACGAUAUGAAUCUGCGCCAACGAGUCAUUACAAAUCGACACCCAUUGCUGAUCAACGCUCUGAGACGACGUGGCUUGACAGGGACCAUACAUGAACUUGCAGGGCCCGGCUUGGAAUGGCAUGCAUUCAUAUACCGCGAGACGUGUAUUAGACUGGUGACAUGGACCUUUCUUAUUGAUUCAUUAUUGACAGUAUAUUUCAAUCAUCCUCCUCUUAUGUCGCUUGCGGAGAUGUCAAACCCUCUUCCGUGUAAUGAUGAUAUUUGGGAUGCAGGCUCUAUGUCAAGCUUCAAGGAGCUAAUGAGAUAUGGACAUUCAUCAUCACGUAUGCUUUGUCUCAAAGUCCUUGUAGCAAAUCUAUUGAGCAAAGACUGGACAAACGCACUUAAAGAAGCGUAUGAUGAGCUUAGUACUCAGCACCUCUAUAUUAUUCUUAUGGCCUUGCAACCAAUUGUCUUCAACUAUCAUGCUUCCCUAUUAUGCACAGUGGAUAUAUCUAUUGUAUCAGCUGCGCUGGAUAGAUGGGAGCCCAUUUGGGACCGGGCCAUAGACCGUGUUCCGAGUAAUCAGCAACAGUGGCUAGGCAUUGUCAGGUAUAGUCGGGAGAUAGCCUGGUUAACAAGGAAAAUUAUAGAGAUUAGCAUCACUAAAGAGAGUGGGCACUCAGACUACUUGCAGCAGAUUGCAAUUUAUAGCCCUGUAUCAAUUCAUCAGUUCAUUCAACGU